UUUGUAAUAGAGAAAGUGAGAGAAUAGUGGGCUUUGAGCUGUGAUUUAGCUGUCCUUUUUUAUAUGUUGGAAAUUUCAUUUCUCUUUCAUUCAUAUUCACACACACACACCAAAAAUCUCAAAACCAAAUAAAUUCAGCAUAUCUCUCUCCUCAUAUCUCUCAGAUCUCAAAAAAAUCCAUUUUUUCUCCACUUCUUUCAUCUUACAUUUGCUUAAAGACUCAAUCUUUAAGCAAAAAAAUCAAAAUACAAAAACCCCAUUUCCUAAAUCUCUUCUUUCAUCUCGCAUUUGCUUAAAGAUUCAAUUUUUAAACAAAAAAAACCUGAAAAAAAACAAGCAUUCUUGAUUUUCAGAUGACUGAUGUGAGAUGAAGGAGAAAAAACAAACACCUAUUUUUUCUCUAUAUUUUCUCUUCCUUUUUUCCUUCUCUUUACUGUGUUCAGGACACACAAAUGCUGAGUUUACAGUUUCAGAAAAUGGCCCUUUAACUGAUACUGAAGCUCAGUAUAUCAAACACAGACAACUUUUAUACUACAGAGAUGAGUUUGGUGAUAGAGGUGAACUUGUAACAAUUGACCCUUCUUUGGUCUUUGAGAAUAAUAGAAUCAAGAAUGCUUAUAUUGCUUUACAAGCAUGGAAACAAGCUAUCAUUUCAGAUCCCUUUAAUAUCACUGUUAAUUGGGUGGGAUCCAAUGUGUGCAGCUACACUGGAAUAUUCUGUGCUCCAGCAUUAGAUAAUCCUAAAAUCCGUACAGUUGCUGCUAUUGAUCUCAACCAUGGUGACAUUGCUGGUUACCUUCCAGAAGAACUUGGGUUACUUACAGAUCUUGGUAUUUUCCAUAUUAAUUCAAAUCGUUUUUGUGGGACAAUACCUAGAAAAUUCAAGAACUUGAAAAUAUUGUUUGAGUUGGAUCUAAGUAACAACAGGUUUGCUGGGAAGUUUCCUUAUGUUGUUUUGAGUUUACCAAAGUUGAUAUUCUUGGAUAUAAGGUUUAAUGAGUUUGAAGGUAAUGUACCUUCACAACUCUUUGAUAAGCCAUUAGAUGCUAUUUUUAUCAACCAUAACAGGUUUGCCUUUGAGUUACCAGACAAUUUUGGGAAUUCACCUGUUUCUGUUAUAGUUUUGGCUAAUAAUAGGUUUCAUGGUUGUCUACCAGCAAGUAUUGGGAAUAUGAGUAAUUUAAAUGAGGCUAUUUUGAUGAACAAUGGGUUGCGUUCUUGUUUGCCACCAGAGAUUGGGAUGUUGGAUAAUUUAACCGUGUUUGAUGUUAGUGGCAAUAAGUUGAUGGGUCCAUUGCCUGAGAGUUUUGGUAAAUUGGUUAAUUUGGAGCAAUUGAAUGUGGCACAUAAUUUUCUAUCUGGUUCAAUUCCAAAGAGUAUUUGUCAACUUCCUAAGCUUGAGAACUUUACUUAUUCUUAUAAUUUCUUUACUGGUGAACCACCGGUUUGUUUGGGGUUGGCGGAGUUUGAUGAUAGCCGAAACUGUUUGCCGAAUAGACCUCUUCAACGGUCUGCUGGUCAGUGUAAGGCGUUUUUGUCAAAGAGAAUACAUUGUAGUGCUUUUAGAUGUCAUAAGUUUGUUCCUGCCUUGCCACCUCCUCCUCCGCUUUCGCCUCCCUUGCCUGCCCCUCCACCGCCUGUUGUCGUGCCUAUUUCUCCCCCACCACCUUCACCAUCACCUCCACCACCCGUUUUUUCGCCACCACCACCAAUUUAUUCACCUCCACCACCCCCACCCUCACCCUCACCCCCGCCACCCUCACCUCCACCACCCCCACCACCAUCACCCCCUCCACCAUCACCUCCUCCCCCACCUCCACCCGUUUAUUCACCUCCACCACCCCCACCAUCUCCACCUCCGCUCUCACCUCCUCCCCCUCCCCCACCCGUUUAUUCACCACCACCUCCACCACCAUCUCCACCCCCACCCUCACCUCCUCCCCCACCCCCACCAGUAUAUUCACCACCACCACCAAUUAUGUCACCACCGCCACCAUCACCAUCACCAUUACCUUAUUGUGUACGAUCACCACCACCUCCGCCACCAAAUUCACCACCUCCUCCAUCACCACAUCCGCCACCUCCACCGCCUACUCACUCGCCUCCACCCCCUUCGCCUUAUUAUUAUAAUUCACCACCUCCUCCUCCGCCUAACUCACCACCUCCUCCACCAAACUCACCUCCACCACCAACAUACAUAUACUCAUCACCUCCUCCACCUCCAGCAUACUCUUCACCACCACCGCCACCCGUUUAUUCACCUCCACCACCAUCCCCAGUACCUUGUAUAGAACCUCCACCACCACCCCCUCCAUGCAUAGAACCACCCCCACCACCCUCCCCAUCACCCUCUCCUCCACCACCCGUUUAUCAUUACAAUUCUCCGCCCCCACCGAUCAUCUAUGAGAGCCCACCACCACCCGUUUAUUAUUACAAUUCUCCGCCCCCACCAUCACCAUCACCCCCACCACCAAGUCCAGUAUAUGAAGGGCCAUUGCCACCAGUAAUAGGAGUAUCCUAUGCUUCUCCACCCCCACCACCCUUUUAUUGAUUCUUUUUUUCAAGAAUUUCCCACUAACUUAUCCUCAAGAGCACACAAAUUGUUCCUACAAUUAUUAUUUCCUCACUCUUCAAGCCAUUAACAAAAUUGAGCUAAUAUGUGAUCAAGAGAGAGGAGGUAAAGAGGAGAAAGAUUCAAUCUCCAAAGAUUUUAUUUUUGAAUUGUUAUGAUGAAUAGAUUUGAAGGUUGUGGAGAGAAUAAAUUUGGCAAAGAAAAGAUUAGAAACUUUGCAGGAAAGUAUAUGUAUAGAUAUCAUAAUCUUGAACUAGAAUCCAGUUUUACAGUUCUUGCUGCUAGCUGGUUCUGUUUUGUGAGUUUUAUUGUUAUUAUAUUAUCCUGCUUCUUUUUCUUUUUUAGCUUUUAGUUGAUCAUACUUUGGUUUCUUCUUUUGUAUUUUUUUGGUUCUUCCAAAUUAUAGUUAUAAUUAUGAGCAUUUUCUUUUUUACCUG